UUUUUCCCGAGGCGCCGGAUUGCUCGAUCGAUCCAUGGCGGGAUCGCACUCGAGCGGAUCAAUUGCUGGCGUUAGGUUUUAGCGCGGCGGCCAGCGAGCAAUGACGAUUGCGAGCGCCGCGAGGAAUGUGGGUCGGGCGCCUGGGAUUUCAAUGGAGAAGGAGCGAUCUUUCCGUCGCCGAUCGAGCCGGUGAGUGUCGCAGCUCUUUGUUGAGUGAGGGAAGCAAGAAAGGAGGGAGAGAGAUAGAUCGCAGUGAUUUUCUCUCGAGGGGGGAUAGAUCGCGCUGGGAGGAGACCAAGAGAUGGCUCUUUCUAUUUAUUUCGGAGAGGAAGAGUUAGCGUAGUCCUAGUUGGAGGGAAGAGAGUGGGUAUCGCUAACGCUAUGCCUUUGGAGCCUCUUCCAGAGAGCAUGAAAAUUUUCACGCCGCCGGUCAAUGCAGCCAGCGUUGUGGAAAGCUUUGGUGGUUUAAAGCCCGCAAGUAGGUCGAGUGAAAAGGACGUGCUCGUAAAAAAGCGAGGGGGGGACGAGGAUAGAACAGGACUAGUCGUGGAGUCACUGGGAUCAUAUAACACAAAGGCCAAGGAUAAACUCACGGGAACUUCUUCCUCGCCGAGCGUCUACCACCACCACCACCACCACCGAGAGGACUCGAGCUUCUUGCGGAGAAGAGCAGUGGAAAGUAGUAGCGGCGGUGCUGCUGGAACAUCAUCUCUGGAGGUGGAGGACGACGAGGAAGUGGAGUGCCGACGCGUCGUGAGGAUCUUUCCUCCACCGCUGCCAUCGCUGGCGAGGAAGGGGCCGUCGCAGUUCCCGUGCCAGAUGCCGCUGGUGGCGCUUCACCCGAUCAGGAGUCACGGCCGGUUCGUGCUCCAGGAGCUCAAGGUCCCCAAGCAGCUCAUGUUCCGGCCCAUCCGGACGAAAGGCAGGCUCAUCUUGCAGCUCAAGUAUGACGAGGACGAGGAUGGCGAGGCGGAGCACGGGUUGAUCGGGGGUGGUGGUGGUGGUGGCGAAUCCAGCAGCGGAAGCUUUGGAAGUUCUGAUAUCUCCGAUGCCGCUAUCAAAAGCCUGUCGUCCACUUCGAGCGAUUCGUCGUCGCUGCUGUCUACAGGCCCGGGUUCUUCGUCUCCAGCUACGAGCCCGACUUCUCCGUCGCUCGUCUCAGCCCCGGCUCCAGCUACAGCUCCAGUUCCAGCUCCGCCGCCCCAAAUCAUCGACGUCUUCUGUCAAGGCCCGUGUGGCGGGCGAAAGAUGGUCGUUGAAAGCGCCGCGGGGCUGGAACAGGGAACAAAGGCGUGACGAGGUACUGGAUUUACGUACGUAAAAAGUUUCGUACCUAUCUCCACUUUCGUCAUGCCGCUCGCUUAUCAUCUCUUUUCACUUUUUGUUCGUUUUGGAUAACAAAAACUGCUUCUUCGAGCU